AGAUUCAAAAAAUUGUAAUGUUGGCAAUAUAAUCUUUCUCCCUCGUUGAUCAUUCUUUUUCUCGUUGAUAAAAAUCAGGUGAAGUUUAAAAUACGACCAAGAAUAACUUUUUACAGGGUAAAUAUCGUAUUUUAUAACGAUUUACACUACACGUGGAAAAAAUAUUUAAAGAGAAUCGUAACAAAGAAGUCUUGAGAUAUUUUUGAUUAUUUUUUAGUAUAACAAAAUGUCUGCUUUAAUGUUUGAAAAAGUCUGGCUUGACAAGAAUUUGUAUAACGAUGCUGAAAAAAAUUAUUAUGAGUCUCUGAACAAGAGCCAAAGUAAUCCACUAGCGGUGGCUGGGUCAUCACUAGCUAGUGAAGUAGCAAAAGCAAGACAACACAUUAAAAAUUCACUUGAAUGUAUGGACAAUGUAGCGUCAUUAGCUGGUGUGCCUAAUACAGAAAUACAAACAAAGUUAAAUAGACUUGAACUUGAAAAUUCAAAUUUAAAGAAGGCAUUAGAUGAUUUACGCAAAUUAGUUAUCAGUCUUCAGGCCCGAGUGGAAAGUAUCGAAUCAACAGGUGAAGCACAAUCAAAAGCAGUGGCACCAAAAGCACAAGCACAAGCUAAGGAAGAUCAAGAGUCUGAUGAUGGGGUUGACUUAUUUGGAUCAGAUGAUGAAGAAGAAAGUGCUGAGGCUGCAAAACUCAGAGAAGAAAGACUUGCAGCUUAUAAUGCAAAAAAAUCUAAAAAACCUGUUCUCAUUGCAAAGUCUAAUAUAAUUUUGGAUGUCAAACCUUGGGAUGAUGAAACUGAUAUGAAGGCUAUGGAAGAUGCUGUAAGGAAGAUUGACACAGAUGGGCUUCUUUGGGGAGCUGCUAAGCUUGUGCCCUUAGCAUUUGGCAUUCACAAACUCCAAAUUUCAUGUGUUGUUGAAGACGAUAAAGUGUCUGUUGACUGGCUUACAGAAGAAAUUGAAAAAAUUGAAGACUUUGUACAAAGUGUUGAUAUUGCUGCUUUUAACAAAGUUUAAAUAAUUGUUAAAAAUUUAAUAAAAAACAUCCUUUUUGU